GUUGGCCUCGCGGCGCACAACUGCGGGAGCUUGCCGGGCUAAGCCUGCACGGGGCAGCCUUGCUCUCUCCCAGCUCCGCAGGCGGCCUGCGGGUCCCAACCGCUGCGCCUGCGGCCGAGGUGAAGGCAGGAGCUGGCCCGAGGCUCAGUGGCCAGCGCGGCUCUCGGAACAUGGCAAUCUGUGCGAGGCUCGUCCUGGAAGGAGGUGACUUUAGUCACUGCGAUGCCUAAGAAUCAAGUGAGUGUGACAUUUCUCCAGGUACUUCAUGGUGUCCUCCUCCGUCUUCUCCACACGUCUGCUCCACGUGGCUCCUGAAACAUGGGGGAAAACGAGGACGAGAAGCAGACCCAGGCCGGGCAGGUUUUCGAGAACUUCGUCCAGGCUUCCACAUGCAAAGGCACCCUCCAGGCCUUCAACAUCCUCACUCGACACCUGGACCUAGACCCUCUGGACCACAGAAACUUUUAUUCCAAGCUCAAGUCCAAGGUGACUACCUGGAAGGCCAAAGCCCUGUGGUACAAAUUGGACAAGCGUGGAUCCCACAAAGAAUAUAAGCGAGGGAAGUCGUGUAUGAACACCAAGUGUCUCAUUGUUGGGGGAGGACCAUGUGGUUUGCGCACUGCCAUUGAACUUGCCUACCUAGGGGCCAAAGUGGUCGUGGUGGAGAAGAGGGACACUUUCUCCCGGAACAACGUGCUACACCUUUGGCCUUUCACUAUCCAUGACCUGCGAGGACUGGGAGCCAAGAAGUUCUAUGGAAAGUUCUGUGCUGGCUCCAUCGACCACAUCAGUAUUCGCCAGUUGCAGCUCAUCUUGUUCAAGGUGGCCCUGAUGUUGGGAGUUGAAAUCCAUGUGAAUGUGGAGUUCGUGAAGGUUCUAGAACCUCCUGAAGAUCAAGAAAAUCAGAAAAUUGGCUGGCGGGCAGAAUUUCUCCCUGCAGACCACUCUCUGUCAGAGUUUGAGUUUGAUGUCAUCAUUGGUGCUGAUGGCCGCAGGAACACACUGGAAGGGUUCAGAAGAAAAGAAUUUCGUGGGAAGUUGGCUAUAGCAAUCACCGCCAACUUCAUUAACAGAAACAGUACAGCUGAGGCCAAAGUAGAAGAAAUUAGUGGUGUGGCUUUCAUCUUCAAUCAGAAAUUUUUCCAGGACCUUAAAGAAGAAACAGGGAUUGAUCUUGAGAACAUUGUUUACUACAAGGACUGUACCCACUAUUUCGUCAUGACUGCCAAGAAGCAGAGCCUGCUCGACAAAGGUGUCAUCAUCAAUGACUACAUUGAUACAGAGAUGCUGCUGUGUGCAGAGAAUGUGAACCAGGAUAACCUGCUUUCUUACGCCCGUGAAGCUGCAGACUUUGCCACCAAUUACCAGCUGCCAUCUUUAGACUUUGCCAUGAACCAUUACGGGCAGCCCGACGUGGCCAUGUUCGACUUCACCUCCAUGUACGCCUCAGAGAAUGCGGCCCUGGUGCGUGAGCGUCAGUCACACCAGCUGCUCGUGGCCCUGGUGGGCGACAGCUUGCUUGAGCCCUUUUGGCCCAUGGGCACAGGCUGUGCCCGCGGCUUCCUGGCCGCCUUUGACACGGCGUGGAUGGUGAAGAGCUGGGACCAGGGCACUCCUCCGCUGGAGCUGCUGGCUGAAAGAGAAAGUCUUUACCGGCUGUUACCUCAAACGACCCCAGAGAACAUCAACAAGAACUUUGAGCAGUACACGCUGGACCCCGGGACGCGGUACCCAAACCUCAACUCCAACUGUGUCCGGCCCCAUCAAGUGAAGCAUUUGUACAUCACUAAGGAGCUGCACCAAUACCCUCUCGAGAGGCUGGGCUCAGUGAGGAGAUCUGUGGGCCUUUCCAGGAGGGAGUCAGACAUCCGACCCAGCAAACUCUUAACCUGGUGUCAGCAGCAGACUGAGGGCUACCAGCAUGUCAACGUCACGGACCUGACCACAUCCUGGCGGAGUGGCCUGGCCCUGUGUGCCAUUAUCCACCACUUCCGGCCUGAGCUGAUCAACUUUGACUCUUUGAACGAAGAUGAUGCUGUGGAGAACAACCAGCUGGCAUUCGAUGUCGCAGAGCGUGAGUUUGGCAUCCCCCCAGUGACCACAGGCAAAGAGAUGGCAUCAGCCCAGGAGCCCGACAAGCUCAGUAUGGUCAUGUACCUCUCCAAGUUCUAUGAGCUCUUCCGGGGCACCCCGCUGAGGCCUGUAGAUUCUUGGAGCAAAAACUAUGGAGAAAAUGCUGACCUCGGCGUAGCCAAAUCAUCCCUUUCCCAUAACUAUCUCAACCUCACCUUUCCAAGGAAGAGGACUCCACGAGUGGACAGCCAAACCGAAGAGAAUAACGACAUGAACAAACGGAGGCGGAAAGGCUUCAUCAACAUGGAUGAGCUUUCAGGCUUUUCCAGCCGGAGCUUGGGCUCCAAUCAAGAGGGAGGCAGCAGUAAAGAAGGUGGAAAUCAGAACAAAGUCAAGUCCAUGGCAAGUCAGCUGCUGGCCAAGUUCGAGGAGAGCUCUCGGAACCCCUCACUCCUGAAGCAGGAAACUAUUCGAAAGGUGUUUCCCCUGAACCUGGGCGGCAGUGACACCUGUUACUUCUGUAAGAAGCGCGUGUAUGUGAUGGAGCGGCUGAGCGCCGAGGGCCACUUCUUCCAUCGAGAGUGUUUCCGCUGCAGCGUCUGUGCCACCACCUUGCGCCUGGCCGCCUACGCCUUCGAUGGCGAUGAAGGCAAGUUUUUCUGCAAGCCUCAUUUCAUUCACUGUAAAACCAAUACUCAGCAACGAAAGAGACGGGCGGAGUUGAAGCAACAAAGGGAGGAGGAGAGAAUGUGGAAGGAGCAGGAAGCCCCUCUGCAGCGGGACCCGCCCACGGAAAGCUCUUUCGCAGCUGCUGUCAUUGGCCCGCCCGCAGGCAGCCCCCCAGGUAUCACCACUUCCUCCUUUAGGAAGGCGCUAAGCUGGCCGCUCAGGCUGCCGUGGGGCCUGCUUCACGUUCCCCGGAACCUGCUUAACUGGAUUCGGGGACUCCUGCGCGCAGCCGGCCUGCAUUUCAGGGACAAUGCUCACAACUACUGCUACACAUACGAGCUCCUGAGCCUUGGGCUGCCCCUCUUGUGGGUGUUCUCCGAGGUUCUGGCUUCCAUGUACCUGGAGUCCCAGGAGUCCCUCGAGAGCAUCCGCGACUGGGUGCUCAGGUACUUGCCGAUCAAGCUCCACUGAAGGGCGGCCGCCCCUAGGGCCCUCACAUUUCCAGUGUAGAUGGCGGUGUGUUUGUAGUUAGCUAAGGCCCUGGCCAGUAAGCCCAGUGUACCUUAACCCACAAGCCAAAGAGUUUCACGUUGGCCACCUGUGCUGGCCUUGCAAGGUGAACACCUGCUCACUGUGCUAGGGCCAGCACGAUAUGAAGGAUUUUUUUUUAUAUAGAUUUGUACUUCUUUUACACCAAAGUGAGCCGUGUUUCUAGGUUUACAUUUCAAUUUUUAACUUUUAAUAACCCAAGAGAAAGCAUUUUUUACUAUGUGUGUCAGAUUUUCUAUACAUGGGUUUGAAAUUUAUAACUGGUGUUACAAACCCCUCCCGGACUGCCGCCAGUUGUAAUAGUCAGUGCCUGCAACAUUAAUGAUUUGGGCUUUUACAUAACCCAGUGCCUUUCGAUCUAUAGACCUGGCUGCCAUUUGUCAAGAGGGGGCAAUUUUUUUGUAGCACAAAAGCAUAAUCAUUUUAUAAGGAAAGAGUAGAAGGACACUCUAAUAAAACAUACAAAAGCAUGUGGCAGUGUGUAGUUGGCUGUUACAUUUCCUCCCAGAGGAAGACUAUUUUGCUCCCUUGUUUCGAUGUAAAAUAAUAGAUUAAAUUUCCCCCCAAAUAAUAGCCAAAGGACAUAGAACCACAGGGUUUCGAGCAGAUGCCUACAAACAUGCGUUUUCCCUUCCCGCUAAUGAGCACUGCAGCGAAAGUCCAUAGGCACCUGACCGUGCAGAGCUCUGUCAAGCUGAUGCCAUACCUGCCGAAGAGGCGCUAUGUCACCUGGUGGCUCCCUAUCCAGUCCCCAGCCCCAGCUGCAGUUUGACCCAAGGCCACUCAGGGUCCAUAAUGGUCAGGCUGAGGGAUGAAUUUGCUCUCUCACACCAGGUCCUUUGGGACUAAGGGUGUGUGUUAGUACCUCAGAGUGGUAUUUAUGGGAAGCGUGGCCUACCCAGUGAGCGCUACUCACAGACCUCCUGACUGCUCAACCAGUCAGCCACCAUGCAUAUUUGGUCAAAACAGUCAGAAACCAUUUAUUUUCACACUGUCCUAGCAAAGGAAUGUGUCUGACCUCUAGGAGGAAUCUCCCCUUUGUCUCGAUUGGCAGAGGAGGCUGAAGUGGAAGCUAUUUAUUGACUGAUGCAAAUAAGUAUGCCCUAUUAAGGACAAAAACAGGCAUUGAGCCUACCUGCAAUCUUUACUCUGGGCAUCUGGAAAAGGCCUAAGCUCCCUGCCCACUCUCCACCCUCUCCGCCCCCUACCCCCUGCCCACUCCACACUGCCUGGACAUGCACAUUGUUGGGUCUGGUUGAAAAUGGAGAGGCUGAUAUGAAAAAGGCCUUCUGCCAUGCUCAGUGUAUCUAGAGUUGCUGGGCUGGAGACAGCUCCAUGCACUUGUUACUCUGGAGAUCUCUUCUAGGUUAAGUAGGACGGAACCUGGUGUGGGUUUGGAGCAGAGCUCUCGAGGGCUUUGAAGUGACAAGUUUCUAUAGGAUGGAAAGAAGGGCGGAAGCAUUUCCACAAACAAUUCUCCGAAGUCCUGGGGUAAAACAGGGCAUGGCUGUGGCCAAGUCCAUGGGAACUGGCACCUCUGUCCUUAUUGGAACUGUUCUCAGUCCGAUGACUUGCAUCGUGUUUUUCCAAAAUUUCGCUGGGAUUUUAAUGUUCACCAUAGUGGGAUUAGCCCUUGAUUCAUCUUAUAUUUGAUUCCCAAAAGUAAAUUCCCCAAUGUGAGCACAAGCAGAGCCACGUCAUUUUUCACUACCAUCAGCUCAGGGCAGGACGAGAUGCUCUGUGGAAUGCUCCAUAAAAAGCCAGAGUUAGAAUUUCUGAGAAUGUCAUUUAUGGCCAUAAAGAGACUGUUUUGAAUUACUCUGAUGAGACAGGGCGUGCCUGUCAGAAGCCUGAGAUGUCUGUAUGUUCUGAGACUUUGAACCUUCCUGGUGGGCAGCACCAAGCACCCUGUGGAUCCCAGGGGGGUGGAGACUUCCAGGCCUCCACAACAUAUUCUAGAGUGAAUAUGAGACACUAGAGUUAAAUUGGGGCAGAGAGAAAAUUGGAUGGCGAGGGAUCCCGAGGGAGCUCUGGAGAGCCUUAGAGUGUUGGCGUGUGCAGACCACACAUACUCACUUCUGUGGCCAAGUAGCUGGUCCACUACCAGAAAGGUUCAUCUGUCCUAAGCAAGCAGUGACUUGUUUGGGGAAGUUUCCCCAUUUUUUUAAUGGUUGCCUUAUUUUCAACUCCCGUGUCUUCUCUUGUCAAUCGUUUUUCUUUUUUCCUCCAAACUAAAUUCUCUUUUCUGUCUCUCUCUUUCCAACCUUACACUGUGGCCGUCAGUUCAUUUCAGCCUUCCAGUGCUACACCCACUCCUUGGCUGACACACUUCUGCUCUGAGGUGACUGGUUUUCUUGCCGAUUUUCAGAGAGUGGGACUAACCCCUAAGCCGCUUUCCGCACCCGUCCGUGGUACCGGUUGUGCUAACUGCGCGUGUCUUGCAUACUAAUGGAUUCAUUCGGUGGCGGUUGUCGGCGAACAGUGUGGGGUGGCGUUCAGCUUGAAAGCUGUUUCCGAGCCCCCUGAGCUGGCAGCCCCGUCGACGCCAGGUGCAUGCUCCGCCUGCCCUCCGUUCCCUGUGGCCUGCGCGCAUGCUUUUCUAGUUGCACUGACAGGAGCCGCUUACCUUCCUGGGAGGGUUAACCCUGACUAAGACAGUACCAUAGGGUGGGCUCUGUCGCCUUUGAAAAGAACUCCUUUGUCUAGCAGCCUCUGAAAAAGCACACGCGUACAAGCAUCUUCUUGAAUUGGUUCUAAUAUAAAGAUUAUUAACGUCAUUGAUCAAAAUCAUGAGUGAUGAUUUUUUGGAGGGAUUUUUAAAAAAAAUACUCCCUAGCCUCAUCACCAGCUUGACCCGUGCUCUGUAUUUUAAACACAUCAUCCCAACUUUCCUAGCAAUUCUUUCUCUACUGCAGCCUACAUGAUAGAUCCAAGGAUUUUGCAAUGGCUCUUCUUAUCUCUCUUGGCUCAUAAAGCCCCAGAAGAUGAAGAAGCUUCAACUAGAGCAAUCACCAUCAUGGGCCAGGGAUGGCUUUGAGAAACAACUCAGUUCAACCCCAGGCCUGAAGCGGCCAGUUUCAUGGCUCUGCUCAAAACACACGUCCCCCGCUGACUCAUUACGUAGAGCAGCAGGACAUUCAAAGUGCUUUUAAAGAGAAACACCACGUUAAGUAUGGUGGAGCUAUCGUAAGCCAGGCCUCGCAGUCUCAGGUUGCAGGUGCUGUCUGUCCUGCAUGUGGCCCAGAGCCAUGCCGACCUCUCGGCCUGUCUGCACUGUCCUGCAUGCUGCAUCACUCACUGCCUCGGCACAGAUGCUAGCCAGUACGAAGUCAUCGUUCUUGUCUUAUCUUCUCUUGCAGAGUCUCCCUCCCUUUUUAGAAUGUCAACCAAAGAGUGCCCUCCUCCCCUCUCAGCCUCCUCUUUAGCUAGCCUCCCCCAUGUCAUCGAAAUGCAUGUUUAUGACCUUUGGUAGUCAUUUACAGUGCCACAUGGAACCUGUAUUUUGCACACAGCAAACAAUGUUUAGCUUUAUUUAUGGUAUUUGAUGCUGUAAAUGAAAAUAAAUAUGGUUCUUUAUAAAG